AUGUCGGAGGUUGACUCAGCUAGCCAGCCUGAGGGCCACCACCAUCAACAUCACCACCACCUGCAUCAUCACAAACACGAAAGUAAACCCAAAGAAGGCGUCAAUCGUAUUGGUAGAUAUGAAGUACUCAAGACCCUCGGAGAAGGAUCAUUCGGUAAAGUCAAGUUGGCGCAACAUUCGGGAACCGGCCAAAAAGUGGCACUUAAGAUCAUAAACCGUAAAACUUUAGCCAAAUCAGACAUGCAGGGGCGUAUCGAAAGAGAAAUUCUGUACUUGCGCUUGUUACGGCACCCCCAUAUUAUCAAAUUAUAUGACGUGAUCAAACUGAAGGAUGAAAUUAUCAUGGUUAUAGAAUAUGCUGGUAAAGAGCUUUUCGACUACAUUGUGCAGAGAGGAAAGAUGCCUGAAAAUGAAGCCAGGAGAUUCUUCCAGCAGAUUAUCGCCGCAGUGGAAUACUGUCAUAGACACAAGAUUGUUCAUCGUGAUUUAAAGCCAGAAAAUCUUUUGUUAGAUGACCAACUCAAUGUCAAGAUUGCCGACUUUGGCUUGUCAAACAUCAUGACUGACGGAAAUUUCUUAAAAACUUCGUGCGGUUCUCCCAACUAUGCGGCACCUGAGGUUAUUUCCGGUAAAUUAUACGCUGGUCCAGAAGUCGAUGUCUGGUCGUCUGGAGUCAUAUUGUACGUGAUGUUAUGUGGUAGACUCCCAUUCGAUGACGAGUUUAUCCCGGCGCUUUUCAAAAAAAUUUCCAACGGUGUUUACACCCUUCCUAAUUACCUCUCCCCUGGAGCAAAACACUUGUUGACAAGAAUGCUUGUUGUCAAUCCAUUAAAUCGUAUUACAAUCCAUCAGAUAAUGGAGGACCCUUGGUUCCGUCACGAUGUGGAGGCUUACAUUUUACCACCAGAUGUUCUGCACGCUAAGAUUGAUGUUAAUGAUGACGUUGUAGCAGCGUUAUCUGCAACCAUGGGUUACGAUCGCGAUGAAAUAUUAUCAGUAAUUCAAAGAGCAAACGAGUCUGGUACACAACCUAGCUCAGAGAUUCUUGAUGCCUAUCUUUUGAUGAAGGAAAAUCACUCAUUGGUAAAAGAUAUUAAGAAAACAAAGGGUGAUCAAAUGGACAACUUUUUGUCUCUGAGUCCACCUAAGGCUAUGUUGAACUCGGCCACGCACCGUGCUCCGGGAGUACAACUGUCGCUCACUUACCAGACGCUUGCAACUGUUCCAGAUCUUUCAACGCUUCCCAACUCGACGAUCGCAAUUCUACCCUCGUCGCUUCCAUCCAUGCAUCGUGCUUUCAUGAUGGACAAGACUAAUCCCGAUGCAAAAAUAGCUCCCGUCUCGAAUAAGAAACUGAAAACUAGAUGGCAUUUUGGAAUUCGGUCUCGUUCAUAUCCCCUUGACGUUAUGGGGGAGAUUUAUAGGGCUUUAAAGAAUUUGGGUGCCGAGUGGGCGAAACCUACAGAAGAAGAAUUAUGGACGAUACGAGUGCGCUGGAAGUACCCACCAUCUGAGGGAGCAUCGAGUGUCAUCCCAGAUAUGAUGAAGAUGCAAAUUCAAUUGUUCCAGUUGGAACCAAACAAUUAUCUAGUUGACUUUCGUUUCGACGGAUGGGAGAGUGGACUACAGGAUAGUGGAGAUGAUGGACUUUCUCGGCAAGAUGUGGAUGAGAUGUGCUCUUUUUCAGCAUAUCCGUUCUUGCACCUUGCGACCAGGUUGAUUAUGGAAUUAGCCGUUAAUAGUCAAAGUGCAUAA